UAAAUUAUAUAUAAUUUUAAACUGUCAAAUACUUUAAAAUGAAACUUACAACUAUUGCUAUUUUAUUGUUGGCUCUAUUCUCCGUUGUCGCGGCGCAAGAAUGUCCAACUAUUUGUCCUCGUAUUUUCUCACCAGUUUGUGGGACCAUAGAAAAUUUCGAAGGCGAAACUGUAGAAUGUACUUUUCCAAAUGAAUGUUUGUUGAGAAAGUUGACGUGUAAUACAAAACAAGAUCUACUUAAAGAGGAGGGACCUUGUAGUGCAGAUCUUCCUCAAUGUAUUGAGCUAAUACAAGAACUUUGAGAGGGGAAGUUACAUUAAUAUUUGAGUAUCUAUUAUAAAUGAGAAUUUUUGUUAAAUAAAAUCUUAUGCAGAUAUUUGUUUAAUAAUUUUAAUAAAAAAAGACACCAAUAAACUUAUAAAUUCAGAA